AUGGAUUUGGAGGGCAAAUGGAAGCCAUCUGGCACAUAUCCCAAAAUCCACACGGGUUUACAGCACCAAAUAAUCUGGCCCUGUCAGCCCAGCUGCGUUCCUCUGGAUGAAAAACUCCUGCCCCAGCUCCUGAAGGAAGCAGGCUACACUACCCAUAUGGUCGGAAAAUGGCAUCUGGGAAUGUACCGGAAAGAAUGCCUUCCAACCCGCCGAGGAUUUGAUACCUACUUUGGAUAUCUCCUAGGUAGUGAAGAUUACUAUUCCCAUGAGCGCUGUACAUUAAUCAACGCUCUGAAUGUUACACGAUGUGCUCUUGAUUUUCGAGAUGGUGAAGAAGUUGCAACAGAAUAUGAAAAUAUGUAUUCAGCAAACUUAUUUACCCAGAGGGCUACAACCCUCAUAACUAACCAUCCACCAGAGAAGCCUCUAUUUCUCUACCUUGCUCUCCAGUCUGUCCACGAGCCCCUCCAAGUCCCCGAGGAAUACCUGAAGCCAUAUGACUUUAUCCAAGAUAAGAAUAGGCAUUACUAUGCAGGAAUGGUGUCCCUUAUGGACGAAGCCGUGGGAAAUGUCACCGCAGCCUUGAAAAGCCGUGGGCUCUGGAACAACACGGUGUUCAUCUUCUCCACAGAUAAUGGAGGGCAGACUUUGGCAGGGGGCAAUAACUGGCCCCUUCGAGGAAGAAAAUGGAGCCUGUGGGAAGGAGGCGUUCGAGGGGUGGGCUUUGUGGCAAGCCCCUUGCUGAAACAGAAGGGUGUGAAGAACCGGGAGCUCAUCCACAUUUCUGACUGGCUGCCGACUCUCGUGAAGCUGGCUGGGGGAAGCACAAAUGGUACCAAACCUCUGGAUGGCUUCGACGUGUGGAAAACCAUCAGUGAAGGAAGCCCUUCCCCCAGAGUGGAGCUGCUGCAUAACAUCGACCCAAUCUUUGUGGACGUUUCUCCAUGUCCUAGGAACAGCAUGAUUCCAGCAAAGGAUGAUUCUUCUCCUCCAGAAUACUCAGCUUUCAACACAUCCAUCCAUGCUGCAAUUAGACACAGGAACUGGAAACUCCUCACGGGCUACCCAGGCUGUGGUUACUGGUUCCCUCCACCAACUCAACACAAUGUUUCUGAGAUACCCUCAUCGGACCCACCAACCAAGACCCUCUGGCUCUUUGAUAUUGAUCAGGACCCAGAAGAAAGGCAUGACCUGUCAAGAAAAUACCCCCAGAUCGUCCAGCAACUGCUCUCCCGUCUGCAGUUCUACCACAAACACUCAGUACCUGUGUACUUCCCGGAUCAGGACCCCCGCUGUGACCCCAAGAGCAGUGGGGCAUGGGGCCCUUGGAUGUAGGAUCUCGGGCAGCCUGGGGUUGGGGGGACUAGAAGAACUUUCUGUUGCAAGAGGGACUUCAGGUCUUUUACUGGCAUGACUCUUAUCUCAUCUGUUCCCUCAACUUGGACUCACCUGGCCCUUCUCUUGCUCCUAAACCUCACUGAAGUGUCUAAUUUCAACACCUCCUGCAUUUAAGAAGCUGAUAAAAUCUGGAACACUCCUGCUGUUGGCUGGGGUGUGCAUCUAGAGGAGAGGGUGAAUGGGUCCAGCCCCUUUUUCCUGAGCUGUGGGACAGAUGGAAACUUGAUUUGAAAUAGGAAGUUAUUGAGUCCUGAAGGCUAGAGCAGCUGGUUCCUUUUGUCUCACAAGUCAGAUGUUAGAUUUCUCUCUGCCAAUAGCCGGGUUUUAUUGGAGUGACUCACAUUUCUUGUAACAAAUGAAGGGAGUAGACGAUUGUUAAUGGUUCUGUUGGCCAGGGGAUCUCCCUGUCUGUGAGAGAUCAAGUUCAGGCAUUCCAUGGGAACAACCCACCUUGGUUCACCCCUUGCUCACUCACCUCAUCACUCACCCCCACAUGGACCAUAAAGCCCAUUUCAUUGUCAAGGUCAGUGUGACAAUAUGCCUACUCCUUUGUUCUGGUUUCUACAAUAAAGAACUGUGUUUUUAUCCCCAAGUUUUUCCCCAGCCAUUGCUCGUUUUGUCUAGACUUUGUGCUACUUCCAGCUCUUCUGUGGUUCUUUUCCUUCCCUUCCUUUUGGCUCAGGCGUCCUGUGCCUGAGAGGCUGCUUUGCUUUUUCACUCUGAGCACCGCUGGUUUUUGGAACACUGCUAACUAAGCCCUGCCUUUUUUUUCCCCCUGCAUGGAAGCAAGCACCUUGCCCAGAGAAGGUGGCCACACCAGGCUCUGUGAGAGUGCUCAUGGUGGACAUGAAGAAGCCUGGGUGGGUAAGGCUUGGGUCUGUGUCAUCUGUUUGGUGAGGAUUUUUCUAGUUGCAUGGAGUUGAUUAUCAUGAUUGUGGCUUUGUCUCAUAAUAUAGUAAGAGUUGCACUGCUAUAGUAAGAGAAACCCCAGGAAAGGAUAAUAUAUUGUCCUGAGAUGAUGGAAGUGGGCAAUUUGAAAUGGCCCGCAUCUGGGAUACUGGGCCUUGGUAAAGUCAGGAGGGCACAUCCAUGUUUCUCUGGACUCUCUUUUGCAUUCACUCCACUGUUUCAUUCACUGCUUAUCACCAAUGUCUGGAUCAGUGCCUGGUACAUAGAAGGCACUCUACACUUUUUAAAAAAUAAAUGAAUGAACAAAUAAGCAGAUGAGAAAAUCUCACACCAUGAAGGGUGCUAGUCCAGUUAGCUGAAUACAGGAGUAAUAUAAAUAUCUUCCAACCAUUGCUUUUCUGUUCUCAAGCUGCCCUCCUGGGGUAGGAGCAUAGUCUGCAUAUUAGGGCAGUCACAGGACAUGCCAUAGUAAAUUGUAAUGUACUUCAUGUGGGGAGGAAAUAUGCCUACCAGAGGUACUCUUUUGCCACUAAUCCUCAGUUCUAUUCUUCAUAGGACACUAGAAACUAGAACCACCAAAUAAUAUGCUAUAGGUCCUAGAAUAGCCAUCUGUCAAUUCAGUAGCAAUAUUUUCCAGUCACUACUAACUUGUAUUAAAAUAACAAUGAUUGGAAGUAAAUGGUGCUAGAACUAAUGACACCUAUUACCAACCCAUACUCCACUCCAGGGUUGGAAAACAGCUAGUCAAAAUGCUAUUACCUCUUACUCCCAAGCCUGUGGCGGAUAUUAUGAACUAACUGAGCCUAGAUGUUCCUUCUGGAAACUUCUAAUCCCAGGACUGUAGGUAGCCGUUAAUACUAUAAGAUUGGAGGCCAUCACUAUGUGACAUCUCUCCUUGCUGUACUCCCAGCAGCUGUCCCCAAUUCUCAUUCCUUGAUUGCUAUGUACAAUGCGGAUAUUUGGCACUCAAUAGAUGUAAAAGGGAUUUUAAAGACUAAUUUUUUGUAAAACUUUUAUUUGAGAUUUUAUUUUAUUCACAAUAGAGUGUAUCUCAUUAGGUUUACUUUUUCUGCACUAGAAUGUGAACAGGUUUGUAUGUUGUCAUUAGAAGUAUUAAUGUUAUUUUUUUCCAAAUUUGUUUUCCUUUAAACAAGGGUUUUGUUUAUUUGUUUUUCAUUGUUACAUCAUGAUUGCCUCACAUUUGGGAGACAGAAAAAUAAAACUUAUCUUUUAGAAAGUG